AUGAGUGCUACUUGUACCGUUAAACAACGGCGCAAUACUUGUAAGAAAGUUAAGGAGGGGGAGAGUCAUCAAAAUGCCAGGAAAUAUGGAAAUAAGGGUCUUUGCCACUACGGAGAUCUCCCAGAGUGGCAGAGGGAUAACGACAAAAUCAAGAGUGGCUACGUGCGGGAAACAGGUUCUUUCCAAAAAUGUCUUGAGUCACUUCUGUAUUUCCACAACGAAACGUUGAACAUAUACACACAUUUGAUUCCCAGCGGCACUUACCUGGUGCUGUUGAUGUUUUUCACAGAUUUGGUCUUGAUCCCAAAAUUCCCUUCGACAAAUAUGUCGGACUAUAUUAUGAUCAACUUCUACCUGCUGGGGGCAUUUCUUUGCCUCAUGUGCAGUAGCUGCUUCCACUGUCUCAAACAGCACUCAGAGGCGCAUUCUGAUAUCUGGAGUAAAGUCGAUUACAUGGGGAUUAUAGUACUCAUUUCAUGCUCAACUGUGUCGCUACUAUAUUAUGGAUUUCACGACUAUCUUUUCCACUUUAAGGUUUUUACCAUUGCAGUGGUCAUUUUAGGGUCCUGCUGUGCUGCGUUUGUGCUUAACGACCGUUUCAACGCUAAAAAUUGGCGUGCAUGCAGAGCUGCGUUUUUCGUGCUAUUUGGGUUCAGCGGGAUUGUACCCAUUUUUACCGGCCUCGUCAAGUUCGGAGUGGAAGAGUCAUCUAAGAGAGUGCAAUUGCGAUUUGUUCUAUGGGAGGCGUUCUUUUAUAUUGGUGGUGCCAUUAUAUAUGGAUUGCGUCUGCCUGAAACGCUACUGCCUGGCAAAUUUGAUUUUGUAGGCCACAGUCAUCAGAUAUUUCACGUACUGGUUGUUUUGGGUUCGCUUUGCCAUUUCAGAGCUCUCAUUGGCUCCUAUUUCUUCUUACACACUGGCAUAAGCACUUCCAGCUUAUUGAACUUGAAGACAAUAUAA